CCUAUAAAUCCUGCACAGGCGAAAUCUUCGCAAAGCAUUCUGGGAUCUCUCUUUCCUCCCCGGAUCUCCAUCGAGCCGACAUGGGCAAGUGCCGUGGAUUGCGUACUGCCAGGAAGCUGCGGGAUCACCGCCGUGAGCAGAAGUGGCAUGACAAACAGUACAAGAAAGCCCAUCUGGGUACAGCCUUGAAGGCUAACCCCUUUGGAGGAGCUUCACACGCUAAAGGAAUCGUGCUUGAGAAAGUCGGUGUUGAAGCCAAGCAGCCCAACUCUGCUAUUAGGAAGUGUGUCAGAGUCCAGCUAAUUAAAAACGGCAAGAAGAUCACAGCGUUCGUCCCCAACGACGGUUGCCUGAACUUCAUCGAGGAAAACGACGAGGUUCUGGUGGCAGGAUUCGGUCGUAAGGGACACGCCGUUGGUGAUAUCCCCGGAGUCCGUUUCAAGGUGGUCAAGGUGGCCAACGUUUCUCUGCUGGCCCUCUACAAAGGCAAGAAGGAGAGACCUAGGUCAUAAAUGUUAUGCUUGGAACACAAUAAACCAAUGUUUUUCAAUUAGACAAA